AUGAGCGAGGAGGCACUCGCCGCCCGCAAGGAGCAACUUUCUCAAGACCUUGCUCGUGCAAAGGAUGCUGGCUGGAAUAACCCCAUCCCCUUCAACUACGAGACCGUCGUCGGCGGUGAAACUGAGAAGGAUGAGACCCGCCAGGACGCCCUUUGGCUGUCUGAUGCCGCUAUCUACCAGUGGGAUGACGACUUUGGUGACGUCGGCGAGCCCAAUCCCGAGUUGGAGAAGAUGCUUUUCGACGACGAUAACAUUCAGCGUGCCGGUGGAGCCAUCAAGGCUCUCACGUAUGACGUUGCGAUUGAAGGUCCCGAGAAGAUACAGCCUAUUCGCGAGUUCGACGAUGCCGGUCUUCACCCUGUCAUGCUCCAGAACGUCAAACUUUGCAGGUACAACGCGCCUACGCCCAUCCAGUGCUACUGUAUUCCUGCUGUAUUGACUGGCCACGAUGUCGUUGCUGUCGCUCAGACUGGUUCCGGCAAGACGGCCGCCUUCCUUAUUCCUAUCCUGUCCAAGCUGAUGGGCAAGGCUCGUCAGCUUGCAGCUCCCCGCCCAAACCCGGCUCGCUACAACCCCCUCACUGACCGUGUCCGUGCCGAACCUCUUGUCCUUGUGGUCUGUCCCACCCGAGAGUUGGCUUGCCAAAUAUUCGACGAGGCUCGUCGUCUGUGCUACCGCACAAUGUUACGCCCUUGUGUAGUCUAUGGUGGUGCUCCGACCCGCAACCAGCGCGAACAGCUGGAGAUGGGCUGUGAUAUUCUCAUCGCUACUCCCGGUCGCCUGACGGACUUCAUGCAGAACCUGAACCUGCUCUCGUUCCGCCGUCUCAAGUUCACUGUCAUUGAUGAGGCUGAUGAGCUGCUAUCUUCGGGCUGGGAGGAGGCCAUGGAGAAGCUGUUCUCUGGAUCCGACGUCAACGCUGAUGCCGAUCAUACCUACCUCAUGUUCUCGGCAACCUUCCCCAAGUCCGCUCGCCGCCUCGCGAAGGAGUAUAUGGAGGAGGAAUACCUGCGUAUCAAGGUCGGACGUGUCGGCAGUACCCACCAGAACAUCACCCAAACCAUCGUCUACGUGGACGAGCGUGAGAAGGACCAGGCUCUGUUUGACCUGAUCUUCUCCAGCGAACCUCAGCGUACACUCAUCUUCGUCAACUCUAAGCGCAAGUGCGAUAUGGUCGACGACUUCCUCUACAACAAGGGCAUGCCUUGCACGUCCAUCCACUCAGACCGUACUCAGCGCGAGCGCGAGGACGCCCUGCGUUCCUUCCGCACAGCGCGUUGCCCCAUCCUCGUUGCUACUGGUGUCACCGCUCGAGGUCUUGAUGUUGCCAGCGUCAAGCACGUCAUCAAUUACGAUCUUCCUUCCACUCAGCACGACGGCAUCACCGAGUAUGUGCACCGCAUAGGCCGCACUGCUCGUAUUGGUAACGAGGGUAAGGCGACAUCCUUCUACAAUGACCGCAACGAGGACAUUGGUGAAGACCUUGUCAAGAUCCUCCUCGAGUCCAAGCAGGAAGUCCCGGGCUUCCUGGAGCAGUUUAAGCCUGAGGACCCAGAUAUCAUCGAGUGGCGCGACGGCACCGAUGAUGAGUCUGACGAUGGCCUUGGUGGUGGCUUCGGCAGUGGCGAGGCUGGCGGCUUCGGUGGUGACGAUGGCGGCUUCUCUGGCGGUGAUGAGGGCAAGGUUACUUCCUGGUAA